AAUAUGCCGACCACUCUCAUUUCUGCCAACGCGAACAAGAAAAGGUCCAAGUCGGCCAAGUCAUCAGCCAAGCCGAAGUCAAAAUCCGCACCCGUUCCUCCACCGGAAGAAUCGGGUUCAGAGCCAGAGGCUGACGGCAACUCUGAUGGUGCUGACGAGGCAAAGGACGACUCUGGCAGUGAAGAUGCUGAGGAGGAGUCUGAGGGGGAGCUUUAUGGCUUCUCGACAGACGAGGACAGCGACGAUGACGAUAUGGAAGUUGGAGAUGGAGAAGGCGUGGACAUUGGAAAGCUGCCGACAAUAGCAAAGGAUGAUCGGAGUAUCCAGAGACGACUAGAGAAAGCAAAACGUGAACCGACUUCAGAUCGUGGCGUCAUAUCCGUCUCUCGAUUGCCUCACGGUUUCUACGAAGACCAGUUGAAGGGGUACUUCUCGCAAUUUGGAAAUGUAACGCGGCUGCGCGUAUCGAGAAAUAAAAAGACGGGGAAGUCGAAACAUUAUGCAUUCCUUGAGUUCGAUUCUUCAUCCGUGGCCGAAAUCGUUGUCGAAACCAUGGACAACUAUCUCCUCAUGGGUCAUAUCCUCAAAUGCAAAUACAUCCCCCGCGAAAAAGUACAUCCAGAACUCUGGAUCGGGGCGAACAAAAAGUGGAAGGCGAUCCCUCGGGCAAAGUUGGCGAGGGAGUCACACAACAAGCCUCGGACAGACGAAGAGAAGGACCGGGCAGAAAAGAGACUUCUCAAGCGGCAAGAGGAAAGGAAACGGAAGCUAGAGGAAGUUGGCAUUAAAUAUGAAUUUGGUGAUGCCGCCUACAAAAAGGCUAAAUCAUAGCUUCGCUGCGACGUCUGUUAUUACACACUGUAUUUAUACAGUGACAUUGGGAGAUUUGUGGUUCAA